AAUCAAGACUCGCUCAUGCUUCCCUCAUAAGAGCCAAUAGAUUUAUAUGAUUGAUUCGAGACGAUUUCUUCUAUCUGUUGUCUUCGUUAUUUAAUUGCCAUCCACAAUUAGCCAGGUCAUAAAAGAUAUUUCACACCUUGCUUGGCCUCAUUAGAGCAUACUUCGAAAAACAUCAAGGCUUUAAUCUAAGGAGAUACAGCUCAGUUCUCAGGCUCUCAUCGAUAUAUACCUACUUAAAUCGCAGACAGAAGGCCCUGAAAAUGCCACUACGCAAGACCUACAUAGUCGAGCACCUGGACCCGGAGCUGGGCCAGUGGUCGGAGCUCGAGUACAUUGCCAUCGCGCGCGAGACGCAGCGCUCGGGGAAUACCUUCAUGCUGUCCUCGCUGCCGGAAGCGUUCCAGGUCCCGCAGAAGCUGGCCGAAGUACCUGCUUUCAAGGCGGAGAAAAGGGGCGUGGAGGAGAUUUACGGAGAGGGGAAUGGGAAGGAUAGGGUUUGCUUGUUGGACCCGCAGGCCGAGAAGGAUCUUAAUCCGGAUGAUAAGGGCGAGUUUGAUGUUUUUCUCUUUGGGGGGAUUUUAGGAGAUGAUCCGCCUAGAGAUCGCACUUCCGAGCUACGAAAGAAGGGCUUCAAGGGCCGCCGCCUCGGCCCCGUACAGAUGACCACGGACACAGCCGUAAGGGUGACGCGAAUGGUGAUAGAAGAGCAAUUCACUUUAAACAAGAUUCCAUUUGUUGACUUUCCGGAACUCAAGUUCAACGACCAUGAGAGCACGGAAAUGCCAUUCCGAUACGUGACGGACGAGAAUGGGAAGCCUAUUAUGCCCGAAGGCAUGGUGGACCUAAUCAAGAAAGAUGCUGAUAAGAGUAUCGAUGACUUGUUCUAAAACAUGCCGACCGUUGAGGCGGCCUUGGACGGAACUCUUGACUAGAGUCACCGAAGUUGUAUAUAUGAAUAAUCAGGCGAUUAACAACUUGAAAAAAUCUAAGUGUCUGGGGGGCAUCUAUGGGUAAGUAUAAAUAUACCGGGGCAGAUGCUAUACAGGAGGGAAUAAAUGAAAAAGAGCCAUUAAAAUCA